AUGAAAGUGAUGUAAAAGUACUAGAAGCCAGUUUAAGUAUGAAAGAUCCUAUAAUUGGAGAAAUUAUUACAAAAUCUUGCUACACUUAAUUUAACUCUAUUUAAUUAAGAAGAAAGUGUAGAUGUUAUUGAAGAAUGUACUGAUGUUUAUUCUCAAUAUUUAAGAGUAAAAGGUACAGAAACUAUUGAUAAUGCAAAAUAAGCUUGUGAUUAAAAUAAUUUUAUAGAAGCUUAAAGAUUAUUAGAUAAUAUGAUGAUACAAAUAUAGAAAAAUAAUAAUAAAGUAGUUUAUAAAUGUAUUGGAAUUAUUUAAGAUUUAAAUUAAGCUAAACAAGCUUCAUAAAAGAUAUAAUAUAAUAAUUUUGGUUCAAAAUAACUAUGUUAAAUGAUUGUUAAUAAUUAUGCAUAAGGAGGUAUAAAUUCCAUAUUUUCAUUUGAUGGAAAAUAAUUAUAAUAAUUGAAAUCAUCUUAAUUUUUAAAUUUAACCUAAUAAACAAUGAUAAAAAUAGUAUAAACUAAGAAAGCUUAAUAUUGA